AUGACGACGGUUUCUGUUCCUGUGUUUGAUGGGAAUCAUUAUGAGCCUUGGAGUAUAAGAAUGAAAACGCUUUUGAAGGCUAUCGAUCUAUGGGAUGUCGUGGAGACAGGAAUUCAGCAAGAACCGCCAGAGGAAAUUUCAUCUGGUGAAUUCGAAGGAGAAAGUUAUGCAUCAUCAUCCGCUGAGUGGAAAAAAUGGAUGGAGAUGAAAGACACGACAGCUCUUUACAUGAUCCAGAUUGGAUUAACCAUUGAGACGUUUCAGUGGAUAGCUUCUGCUAGGUCAUCAAAGGAAGCAUGGGAGCUUUUGUUAGUGAAAUCACUAGGCGGCCCUAUGUUUCGAGCUAGAAAGCUUCGUGAUCUCAAGAAAGAGUAUGAGAAUAUGACGAUGAGUGACGCGGACACGGUUCAUGAGUUUACUGGAAAGCUGAUGGAACUUGUGUCGCGUAUGAAGUUCUGCGGGUGGGAGGUCGAAGAUAAAGAAGUGUUGAAGAAGAUUCUUUCCUCUUUGCCUCCAAGAUUUGGUGAAGUGUUUUUCGAAAUUGAGGGAACACUUUCUAUUAGUAAUCUAAUCGAUUACUUGUUGGUUCUUGAAUACAAUAUGAAAGCGGUUCAAGAAUCGGUCAUUAAGAGUGUCCAAGUGGAAGAAAGUCUCGAGGAUGAAACCUAUGACUAUUUGGAUCAGGUCAUGACACUCCGAGAGGCAUUGGCGGUUAUGUACCCUCGUGUUUUUGUUUUGAUUGCUCUUUUGGUCUUUUGGUUUUUGUGUGUGAGUUCUUUUGGCAUAUUUCUGGUUUAUUUGAAGCCUGAUCGUUAUUGA